AUGGUCGAUGUACAAAAAUUAAUUUUAAAUAAUCAAAUCGAUCGUAUUGCUAUCAAUACAUUAUCGGAUAUAUCAUUAGGUAGUGGUCAUACGAAAGCUACUGAUUCAAGUGGUUACGGUUCUAAUCUAAGUAAAAAUGAUCAUUGUCGAACAACAUGUCUCAUUGUCAAUUAUCUUCCACAAUCAGUUAAAGAACAACAAUUUCGUCAAAUGUUUUCACAAAUUGGUCGAUUACGAUAUUGUCGUUUAAUGUUUGAUCGUGCGACUGGAUAUUCGUAUGGAUAUGGUUUUGUUGAUUAUUAUCGAACUGAAGAUGCAGCUAAAGCGAUUGAUGCACUUAAUCAAUUAAAAAUGGAACAUAAAAUUAUAAAGGUAUCUUAUGCAAGACCAAAAUGCGAAGAAACACGUGGUACAAAUCUUUAUAUAAGAAAUUUACCUGAAAAAUAUGACGAAAAUAAAUUAAUGGAGUUAUUUUUACCUUAUGGAGAUAUAAUUCAAGCACGUGUCAUACGUGAUCAAUCAACAGAUAGUCCACGAGGCAUUGCAUUUGUCAUAAUGGGUACACGUUCGCAAGCACAACGUGCAGUCGAAUCUCUCAAUGGACAAAUUAUUGAUCAUCAACGUCCAUUGCUUGUUAAAUUUGCCGAUGAUGAUAAACGUCGGCGCCAGUUAAUGGCACGCUAUUUACCACAAAUCGAUAAUAACAUUCCAUCAUUAUCAAAUACACGAGAUCCAUCGGACAUUCUUAGUACACAAAUGGCUCAAUUAAAUUUGCUCGUCAAUGGAAAUAAUUCGAAUACUACUCAACAACAGCAACAACAACAACAGCAAGGGCAAGAUAUGAAUUUACUGAUGAAUACCUUAUUGAUGAUGCCUUUUUGGUCAAAUAUGUGUGGAUCAACAAUGCCUGUUGCAUAUCCAAACAAUGUUAUAACAACACCGCAAAAUAAAAAUAUCGAUCCAAUCAUUGAUACAUUAGCAACGACAAAUGGAACAUCAAAUUCUUCACUGACAUCAGGUGAAUCGUUAAACAAUGGUACAGGUCAACAUUCAAGCGUAGGUUCCAAUGAUUCAUCAUUAAUUUCAUCGAAUAUAAUCGAUACAUCAACUGGUGGUUUUGUUGUUUUUAUUUAUGGUAUUGGACCAGAGACUACACAAGAAGAAGUAUCAAAUAUAUUUCAAGGUUUUGGACCUAUCAUUCGUACAGAUGUUAUUAAAAAUAAACGAACAACAAUUGGGAAAGGUUAUGGUUUUGUUGUAUUUCGUCAUUUGAAUGAUGCAUUAGGAUCUAUUAAAGCAUUGCAUAAUAUGCCAUAUAAAGGUCGUUAUUUGCAAGUUCGAUUCCGUGUUUAA